CCGUACGACUGAGGAAGCUGCGUCAUGCACGCGCUGCACAGAUGGCUCCCGGGCUACUCCAAAAUUCACGACGAGCAAUUUCCCAUCAACUCCAGGUCAACAACAGUCGCAGACAUCGAGAUGGCGCAGCAAGGGUAUGGAGAGGCUCAAGAUUACUAUCAGCAGCAGCCUCCGCAACAGAACUAUACCCAGCAGCCUCCAAAAUACGACCAGAACUAUGCCGCGCCCGACGGGGGUUACGGCGCGCCGAACGCGUACCAGGAAGGUGGCAAGCCAUUCGAACAGCAGUUCAAGGUAGAGAGGCCGAAGUGGAACGACAUCUGGGCAGGCAUCCUCCUGACCCUCGUCUUUGGAGGCUUCGUAGCGGUCUCCGCAUACACCUUGCGCGCAUAUGCUAGCAACAGCGGCUUCACCAAUGGAGGCUUCAAUGGCUCGAGCAACACAUUCUCGCUCAACGGCAACACUCUGGUUCUCUUCGCCUUCAUUUUGGUGACUGCACUGGUUCUCGGAUAUGGCUAUAUUUCCCUGGCCAGGAUAUUCACAAAACAAUUCAUCUGGAUUUCUGGCAUCCUCAACAUUGUCAUGAGCUUCGCUACCGCCAUCUACUACUUCUACAGGCGCUCAUGGGUCGGCGGCGCACUUUGGCUGUUGAUCGCAGUCUUUACCGUCAUCUGCUUUAUCAGUUGGAUCAAGCGCAUUCCGUUCUCCGUGCUCAUGUUCCAGACCACAGUCGAUGUCUCUCGCCGCCACGGCCAUGUCUACCUGGUCUCUUUCAUUGGCGGCCUUGUGGCAGCUAUCUUUGGAGCCUGGUUUGCAGCGACAUUGGUCGCAGUCUACGUUCGCUUCCAGCCAAACGAGAACAACCCAGCAUGUAGCGCAAGUGCGGGAGGUGGAGGUAGUUGUAGCUCCAGCACGGUCAUUGGGCUGGUUGUCUAUAUCACCUUUGCCGGAUACUGGAUCACCGAAUGGCUCAAGAACACCAUCCAUGCCACAAUCUCUGGCGUGUACGGUAGCUGGUACUUUGCGCCAAACAAUCCCUCCAAAGGUGCGACACGCGGAGCAGCUCGAAGAGCGUUGACAUACAGCUUCGGCUCCAUCAGCUUAGGCUCGCUCAUCGUGGCCAUUCUCGAUUUCCUUCGCUUCAUUUGUUCGAUCGCGCGUAAUCAGGCUGGCGGUUCUGGAAACAUGGUGGCCGACAUUUUCCUUUGCUUCUUGCAAUGCAUUCUGAGCCUCGUCCAAUGGGCUAUCGAAUUCGUCAAUCGCUACGCCUUCAGCUACAUGGCUUUGUACGGCAAAGCGUACUUCGCCAGUGCCAAGGACACAUGGAGACUGAUCAAGGAUCGAGGCAUUGACGCACUGAUCAACGAGUGCUUGGUUGGACCUGUUUUGUCAAUGGGCUGUCUCUUCGUUGCGGUCUGCUGCGCGCUCAUCGCGUACGUCUACUUGGAUGUCACGGAUCCGGCUUACAACUCCGGCGGCGCCUUCACGGCCGUGAUUGUGCUCUAUGCCUUCCUCAUCGGACUUCAAGUGGCAAGCUGCUUCGUGGUACCACUGAACAGCGGUAUCGACACCAUCUUUGUCGCGGCAGCAUGGGACCCACAAGUGCUUAUGCAACAGCACGGAGAUUUAUACCAGCGCAUGAUUGCAGUCUACCCUCACGUUCAGCAAGCGAUCCACGCUUAGUCUUGCUGCCCAGCUUGUGAAGCUCGGCACGAUCCAUACACAAUAAUAUAGAUUCGUAGCACACGCAAACAGAUUCCUUCGUACACAAUUGCACCGAGCUUGCACUGCCCGUCCUUCACAUGCAGAGAAGCGGCGCGACUGCGGAGCGCCACAUGACUGACGACGAGAAGCGGUGAUGAAAGAGGAGGCUCAGCAGCAGUCGAGAUCCAGAUUGUAUGCGGCUCUGGCCAGAUGGCGAGGGGUAAGCCUGCAGCGCGGCUGCAUCCUGGCGCCUCUUCUAUUGGCUCUGGCUGGGGCAUCCCGCAAACUACUGUGCUAGCAGCUGGGAUU